AUGCCAUUGCAAUUACCUUUGAAUGAUAAUGAACUUUUAUCAACCCUUGGAGAGUCACCCUUCCAAGAUAAAUUGGUGUAUUUUUAUGAUGCGACAAAAGAUAUAUUGAUAAAAAUUAAAACCAUUUUGAAAACGAUAUCAACUCCCUGUUAUAAUGUUUUGCAGAUGGUAAAUAGACGAUUGUCGAGGGUAUUUGUAUUGAAAAUUCCGGUGAUAUAUUUACUCAAUAUUUUUGCUUUUGUACUAUUAUUGCUUAAAUUUAUUCCCCACUAUUCCAGGCUCUACGCAACCCUAGGCCUUCCUGCGACUUUGAUCUCAAAUUUACUAUUGUUCGGAUUAGCUGAUAGUCUAGCUCAGACAUUAACCAGAAUAUUAACUCGGAGACCCUCACAUCACAUUAUUGUUCACCAGUAUGAUGAACUUGCAAGUCCAUCGAUAAGCAGUACGGCCCUGCAAAUUCCUUAUUCUGAUGACAAUCAUCUGGAAAGAUUCCAGAUAUUUGUUGAUUACGGUGAUGAAGACGAUUAUCACGAAGACACUUCACCGGCUUCCGGGAUCAGGCGUGAUUUUGAACAAUCAGAUAACCAUAGCAUAACAAGUAUUGCUAGUAAUAGUGAUGCUUACAGGGGAAUGAAUACAACAAAUCAGAACUUCGAAAUAUUUGAUUACCAUCGUCUUGCCGGGUUUAUGGUAUGGGGCUUCUUCAUUUCUUUUCCCCAAUUCUUUUGGUAUAUGAUACUAAAUGGGCUUUAUGUUGAUGAUCCAAAAUUCAUCACCGUCUUGGAGCGGGUAUUGGCAGACCAACUAUUCUACUCUCCUCUUUCUUUAGCAGGAUUUUUUUACUAUUCAAACACUAUUUUGGAAGGUGGUGAUAAAGCCAGUUUCAAAAAGAAAAUGAAGAAAAUCUACAUAAGCACCUUGGCAGCCAAUUAUUGCCUUUGGCCCGCGGUGCAAUUCAUAAACUUCUUGGUUUUACCAAAACCAUACCAAGUUCCUUUCAGUAGCUCCGUUGGCGUAUUAUGGAAUUGCUUCCUAUCUAUUAGAAAUGCACAAUCACAGGAAUAA